AGUUUCCGUUAGCUGCUGAAGGCUGAGGCGCGCCACCGGCCACCUCCCCACGUGAAGCAGUUGUGCGAGCAUCGCCACGCCGGGCAGCUGUCUACCCGCGUCCGAGCGCCCCGGAAGCCGCGGGGGACCGGAAGUGGCCCACGGAGGCUGCAGAGCUAGUCCGGGAGCCCGCUGUGAGGCGACUGGCAGCGCUGCGACGGCGCCAUGUCCCUGAUCUGCUCGAUCUCCAACGAAGUGCCAGAGCAUCCAUGCGUGUCCCCUGUCUCUAAUCAUGUGUAUGAGCGGCGACUCAUUGAGAAGUACAUUGCAGAGAAUGGCACAGAUCCUAUCAACAACCAGCCUCUCUCAGAGGAGCAGCUCAUCGACAUCAAAGUUGCUCACCCAAUCCGGCCCAAGCCUCCCUCUGCCACCAGCAUCCCAGCCAUUCUGAAAGCCUUGCAGGAUGAGUGGGAUGCAGUCAUGUUGCACAGCUUCACGCUUCGCCAGCAGCUGCAGACGACCCGCCAGGAGCUGUCCCAUGCUCUGUACCAACACGAUGCUGCCUGCAGAGUCAUUGCCCGUCUCACCAAGGAAGUCACUGCUGCUCGAGAAGCUCUGGCUACUCUGAAACCACAGGCUGGUCUUAUUGUGCCUCAGGCAGUGCCAAGCUCACAGCCCAGUGUUGUGGGUGCAGGAGAACCCAUGGAUUUGGGUGAGCUGGUGGGAAUGACCCCUGAGAUUAUCCAGAAGCUUCAAGACAAGGCUACUGUGUUAACCACGGAGCGUAAGAAGAGAGGAAAGACUGUGCCUGAGGAGUUAGUGAAGCCUGAAGAGCUCAGCAAGUACCGGCAGGUGGCGUCUCAUGUGGGGCUACACAGCGCUAGCAUUCCUGGGAUCCUUGCUCUGGACCUCUGUCCUUCAGACACCAACAAGAUUCUCACUGGUGGAGCAGAUAAAAACGUUGUUGUCUUUGAUAAGAGUACUGAGCAAAUUCUGGCCACUCUCAAAGGCCAUACCAAGAAGGUCACCAGCGUGGUGUUUCAUCCUUCUCAGGAACUGGUGUUUUCUGCAUCCCCAGAUGCCACUAUCAGGAUUUGGUCGGUCCCAAACACCUCUUGUGUACAGGUUGUUCGGGCCCAUGAGAGCGCAGUGACAGGCCUCAGCCUUCAUGCUACUGGAGAUUAUCUCCUGAGCUCCUCUGAUGAUCAGUACUGGGCCUUCUCUGAUAUCCAGACAGGGCGUGUGCUUACCAAGGUGACUGAUGAGACAUCCGGCUGCUCUCUUACCUGUGCACAGUUCCACCCUGAUGGACUCAUCUUUGGAACAGGAACCAUGGACUCCCAGAUCAAGAUCUGGGACUUGAAGGAGCGUACCAAUGUGGCCAACUUUCCUGGCCAUUCUGGCCCCAUUACCAGCAUCGCCUUCUCUGAGAAUGGGUACUACCUGGCCACAGCAGCCGAUGACUCUUCAGUCAAGCUCUGGGACUUACGCAAGCUGAAGAACUUCAAGACACUGCAGCUGGACAACAGCUUUGAGGUGAAGUCACUGAUCUUUGACCAGAGUGGUACCUACCUGGCUCUUGGGGGUACAGAUGUCCAGAUCUACAUCUGCAAACAGUGGACAGAGAUUCUUCACUUUACAGAGCAUAGUGGCCUGACCACUGGAGUGGCCUUUGGGCACCACGCCAAGUUCAUCGCUUCAACGGGCAUGGACAGGAGCCUCAAAUUCUACAGUCUGUAGGCCCUAUGCCUUCUCACAAUUCUGGGCCUCAUCUCAGUAGUGGGUUAGAUUUAGGGGGGUGGGGGGACUUUAGGAGGAGGGAGGUCUGGUGGGGGGGGACAUUCACAUCAUUUCAUUCUGGUCUGGAUGAUGGUCUGAGCCAGGGCACAUGGAGCACCGCUAUCCAUGCAGCCUUCAGGCCCCAGAAAACGAACAUGGAGGAACUGUCACCCUGUAAGUGCUCAGAGUCGGAGUCCAGCACCUCUUCCCAGUAGUGGCAGCUGUUCCAUGCCUGCUCUGUUUCAGCUCUUCUGAGACAGGGAGGUGAGCCAAGGGAACUGUGAAGGGAGGGGCAGGAGGGCUUGUGCUGGUUUUUGUAAGCAGUGAUCUAGUUUCAUUAAAAAAAAACUCACACAGUAAA